CUCUAACUAAUAGAGAGUUCUAUAUAGUAGAUAUUCAGAACUUGUAUCAGAGAAAGUGUGUAGAAGAGCGUCGGUAAAAGUAAAUGCAGUAAAAUUGAAAGGAUCUGUUUAAAGUUAGAGCAUUGCGUUGUAUAUUUAUUUAUUUAUUUAUUUUAUUAUUUUUUUGCUCCUUCGAAAUUCAUGUGAGAAACUUGGAAUCGCGACCGAAUAAAUUAUUACAUAGAAAGAAAACUCUGUAGCACUGUUAUUUAGCCCCAGGAAACAUCCUCUCAUUCACUCUCAAAUCUCACUAUUUCAGGGCAUCUCUAGUUACUUCGUCUUCAUGUUUUGCCCAAUAAAUUUAUAGACGAUCUUCAACAUAGUUGUUGUUUAGAGCAAUAAUUCUACUGCGUUCCAACAGGUUUAAAAUCAAAAGUCUUCCAUAUAGCACAACUAUAAAAUCAAAACUAAUUCCUGUCAAGAUCGUUCCCUUUUUUUUUUCAGUGAUAUGUGUCCUGUUAUAAAUAACCUAAGAUUGUGACAAAGAAGAAUUGGCUACUAUUUCGAGCAUGAUAAGUAACCACAGAUUUCUCUAGUUUGCAAGAAAUGUAUUUUAUUUUAAUUCUAUUUAACUCAGCCCUCUUUUCUAGUAUUUUUUAAAUUAAUUAAUUUUAUUUUUUACUUAUGUGGGGAAGUCUUGAAGGUGGCGCGUAAAAGCGAAAGAGAGAGAGAGAGAGAGAGAGAGAGAGAGAGAGCGAUUGGAUCAAGGAAGUUAUCUUUUGAAGUUCACGUGAAGCAGAGGAAUUGAUGUGUAUGUAUUUGAGAGAGAGAGGAAGAGAGAAACAACAAGCAGAAACAAAAAUAAUACCCCCCUCUCUCUCUCCCUUACACGCACAUGAACAUGUAUGCGUACAAAAAACAUGUAUGCAAUAGGUGUACGUACGUAUGUAUUUUUGCGUGUGUGUGUGACUGAAGCCAUUCACACUUACAUACAUACAUGCGUAACAACCCCCCCUCUCUCUUUCUCUAUCAAUCACUCACUAAAAAUGUAAAUACACACGCACAUGAACAUGUAUGCGUACAAAAAACAUGUAUGCAAUAGGUGUAUGAACGUAUGUGUGUGUGUGUGCAUGUCACUGAAGCCAUUCACAUAUACAUAAAUUCAUACAUACAUAACCUCUUUCUCUCUCUUUUUUCUGUCAACUACUCUCUACAAAAGUGAAUAAAUUUCAGUUAUCUCUCUCUCUUCCAUCACACACACACACUCCAGCACCACUGCUCUCUCUGUCUCUUCAAACACACUAACAAAACAACUUCACAUAUACGCCACACUUUCUGUUUCGUACAUCCCAUCAAACACACACAUCAAUUCCUCGGCUUUACGCAGACUUCGAAAGAUAACUUCCCUGAUUCAAUCGCUCUUUCUCUCUCUGUCUGUCAGUCUCUCUCUUUCGCUUUUGCGCCGACUUCAAAAUACCCCGCCCCUACAUAAGUAAAAAAUAAAAAUUCUUUAUGGCAAGCGACAAUCUUGUUCAUAAACGUAAACAAAUACACGUGGUCUACAUUUGGCAUUUUUGAACUUAAGUCUAUUGCAUCAGACGUAGAAAUAAACAGCAUCAAGGGUGCACACAGAUUAAUUCCGUCCUCAAUAUACACUAUCUGAAAAUUGAAUGAAAAUAGCUGGUAGAUUGACUCUCCUAUCUUUAGUUCCUAGACGAACAAUCUGCCAAUCAACUGUCCUUUAUGAAAACACUGGAUCAGGGCUGACUUGGGAUUAAACAAGAGGAAUAAAAAAAGGACAAAGUGGAAAAUUUAAUUUGUUUUAAUAUAGAUGGUAAAGACGAGAGAAUACUUGAUAAAUGUUAGGACACUAAAAACACAAUCACCACAAUUUGUAAAGAACUCUCCAGUGAUUGGAAGUCCAUUCUUCGAACGUUAUCAGUGACUUCCGGUAUGUCUACCUUCACUCGCCAUUAUAUUUAUAAAUAUUGUAGAUAUAGUAUUCUUUCUAUUAACUUAUUUAGACUGUACUAGUAAUCACAAAUUAACAUAAAAAAUUGAUUAUUUAAUAACCAGAAGAAGAAAUUUAAGAUGUCUUGUAAGAAGUAGUUGAAAGUUCUGCUGAAUUUACCAAUGUCCUCAUCGCUACUUCAGUACAUCACUCAUUUCAUUAUGUCAAAGCUGAAGAAAAAUUUCUUGAAAAAAAUGCACCUGUCAGCUGACUAUGUUUCAAGCUCUCUCAACUUCAAUAACAACUAUGCUGACCAAUUUUUACUUCUGAAGAUGAUGCAACAGUGCAAAAUGAUGCUGCAAUGCAAUAGGUUCAAACAGAUAUAUGUAUAAGAAUAGACGAUGGCAUGAAGAAUUAGCUUUGAACAAAGGACAUUCAUCCUAAAAUGCUAUUGGAAGUAUGAAAACACAGUUGAAAUCCAAAGACAGUAUAAAAGACUUUUUUAGUCAGAAUCCAGCUAUGCAUGUAGCCAUCUAUCACAUCUUUAAUAAGGUUGAAUCUGAUGGAACAGUGCAGGAUGUGCAUAAGAACCAUUCUGGGAAGACCAUGUCCAUCAACGAUCCCCAUAAAGGAAGAAAUGGUAAAGGAAAGUUUUCAAAGAAGUCCCAAAAAUCUUUGCGGCAAGCAAGCUUAGACAUGGGGAUUUCAAGUGCAUUUGUCCAUUUUAAAUUGCUAGGAAUGGGAAAGUUAUAUCCCUACAUUCACCCAUGCUAUCAUUGACAAUGAUCCAAACAGAAGAAUAGAGUAUUGCGAAUAGUACUUGGCAAAAUGCUCAGAAGGUGUACAUUUUGCAACAAAAGUUGUGUGGAUUGAUGAAGUUACAUUUGAAUUAAAUGGUUUAAUUGUCACAACUGCUCAUUUGGGUGUGGGGCUCAAAAUCUGCGUGUUACAGUGGAACAAGAAGUUAAUUUACCAGGAAUUACAGUUUGGUGUGCUGUUACAUCCAGAUGAUUAAUUGGAACAUUCCUUAUUGAUGCUACAGUAACUGGUCUUAUUUAUUUGAUUAUGCUGCAAUAGUCUAUCCUGUCAUGCAUUAGAAAUGUGUUUAAAGAUGAAGCACCACCACACUAUCAUCGUGAUGUACAGUCCUACCUUAAUGAGAUUUUGCCACCCUGGUGGAUUGGAAGAAGAGCUUUUGUAAAAUACCUUCCUCAUUCACCAGACCUUACCCCUUUAGAUUUUUUCGUAAGGGGAUACUUAAAAGAUAAACUGUAUGCUACAAGACCUACGACAAUUGCUGAACUGAGAGAUGGCAAUGAAAAUGAAUGCAUUCAAGUUAUCUGAUGACGUUGAGAUACUAAUAUUUCACUGGAGAUCAACAUGUUUAUCAACUUUUGAAGACUAAAAAGAACUUCGUCAAGCUAAUGUCAGCCUAUUUCUACAACUCUUUGUUGAAUGAAUGUAAAAUAUUUCCUUUGGAUUGAGAUUAGUGGCGAAACUACGUAAGCCAUAUUUAGAAGAAGGCUGUUGUAACGGCCUCACUAGCAUAGGUAGUGCUGCAGCAUAGCCACAAUCCUCAGACAGGAACCUGUACUAUAAUGAAAAAUUAUCAUCUUUUAACAUCCAUCUUCCAUGCUGACGUGAACUGGAAAAUUAUGUUCAGAAAUUUUGAUUUAACAGGGAUUAAUCACUAUGAUAUUGAAACUCUCAUGUGUUAGGAGUGGUAUAUCUAGAAAUAUCUUGUUAGUUUAAUGAUCCAAUUUGAUAACCCUUAAGUUACUAGUUAGUUAUUAUAAGAUUCUUUUACAAUAAAUUGACUUGAAGUUCUCUCUUAACAGCCAAAACAUCAACACAUCAUAUAGAUUAAAAGAGAAAGUUAUGGAUGAGAAAAAGUCUGAAAAUAUUGAUUCAUCAACUCAGACACAGGAAAAUACAGAAGAGGAAUCACAUCCUUGUGAUAUCUGUGAGGAAUUAUUCACAACAAGAAAGAAUUUAAUUCAGCAUAAAUUAAUCCACUCUGUCAAAAAACUGUACCAAUGUAAAAUUUGUGAUAAAAUAUUUUCUACAAGAAAUUUGUUAUCUUGCCAUAAACGUAUUCAUACAGGGAAAAAACUACACCACUGUGAUAUCUGUGAUGAAAACUUUUCUACAAGUGGCAGUUUAUCUGCCCACAAGCGUAUUCAUACUGGAGAAAAACCAUACCACUGUGACACAUGUGGUAAAAACUUCUCUCAGAAAGGUAAUUUAUCUACUCACAAACGUAUUCAUACAGGAGAAAAACCUUUCCAAUGUAGUGACUGUGGUAAAGCAUUCUUUGAUAAUCGUAGCUUAUUUACCCACAAACGAAUUCACACAGGAGAAAGCCCAUUCCGCUGUGAUAUCUGUGAUAAAACAUUUUCUACAAGGGGUCAUUUGUCUUGUCAUAUACGUAUUCAUACAGGAGAAAGACCAUAUCGCUGUGAUAUCUGUGGUAGAACAUUUUCUGUUAGUAGUCAUUUGUCUUCUCACAAACUUACUCAUACAGGAGAAAAACCAUAUCACUGUGAUAUCUGCGAUGAGAGAUUCACUAGAAACAGUUCAUUGACUCGCCACAAACAUAUUCACUCUGGAGAAAGACCAUUUAAAUGUGAUAUCUGUGGUAAAACAUUUUCUAGAAAUGGUGAUUUGUCUUGCCACAGACUCGUUCACACGGGAGGGAAACCAUAUCAUUGUGACAUCUGUGGUAAAAAUUUUUCUCAGAAUAGUAAUUUAUCUUCCCACAAACGUAUCCACACUGGAGAGAAAACAUACCAGUAUGAUACUGGUGAUGAAACAUUUUCUAGAAGUGAUGAUUUGUCUUUUCACAAACAUAUUCAUGCAGGAGAGAAACCAUAUCACUGUGAUAUCUGUAGUGAAUCAUUUUCUACAAAUGUUGAGCUGUGUUCCCACAAACAUAUUCAUUUAGAAGAAAGCCCAUACCACUGUGACAUUUGUGGUAAAACAUUUUCUAAAAGAGGUCAUUUGUCUUCUCACAUACGUGUUCAUACAGGAGAAAGCCCAUAAAACUCUGAUAUUUGUAGUAAAACAUUCUCUUAAGGUGGUUCUUUAUUUUAACACAAACUUAGCCCAGACAAAUGAAAGACCAUACCAUUGUGGUACCUGUAGUGGAACUUUAUUUAAUAAUUAUUUAUAGGUGAAAAUUCCAUAGAUACUUUGGCAAAAUGUUUUCUACAAUCAACAAUAUAUUUUAUGAUAAAUUUAUAUAUAUAUAUAUAUAUAUAUAUAUAUAUGUGGAUUUUUUUCUAGAAUACAGUUAUCAUCAACAUCAUUUGUAUUUUAAUCUUCAAUGCUUGCAGCUUUUCUGAGGUAUUUUGCAUCAUUUAUUUGUACUGAGUUUCUGGCCAUUUGAAUAUUCAAUGGCUGAUGCUACUACUUUUAAUUAAUGUAGUAUGCCCCAAUCCUCAGUCAAUCUGCCAGAAACCUUCAUAAACUUUUGGGGUUAAUACUACACAUAUUGUACUCUGUAGAUUUUUUAACUUUGCCACGUUUUAGGUUUCUAUACUCCUGAUCAUUCUCCCAAGUUUAAAAAAAUAUUCCAUGGCUUGUUUGGCAAAUUCUGCUUCUACAACCAGAUUAUCAAUAAUUUUGAACUCUGUGUUACAAUAGUUUAAAUUCAUUAUAAUUCUGUAACACAGAACUAUAAUGAACAGAAGUGGAAUUAGACAAAUUCUAGGUGGAGGCCUAUAUAUGCUUAAUUUGCUGCAAGUUGUUAUUUUCCAGUUGUUUUAUAGCUCCUGCUACUUUUAACUACUCAUGUACAUACAGAGCAUCUGAUGUUUCAGUCCUUAGUCAAGCUUUCACAAAACCUUUGUUUCUUUCAAUUACUUUAGUACAUAUUUGGUAUGAAAUGUCUCUCACAAGACUACAUCUGUACCUAGUCUUAGUACACACACAAGACUACAUAAGGUGAGAUCCUGUUAGAAGUAUUCUCCAGAUUGAUUAAGUGGUUUAUUCUUAAAACCUUUUCCAGUUGUCCUUAUAGAAACAUGGCAUCUCUGACUCUACAUCCACACAUGAACAUGAAUUACAUCCAAGCUAACAUUAUCCUGUACUGACUUAGCUAAGAUAUUAGCUAUUUUCUUUAACAUUAAAUGUCGGUUAUCACCAUAGUAACAUUAUCAAACAAACAAAUGUUUGUUAUCAGUGUAAUAAUUAUUAACCACUAACAAAUGUAUUUAUAUAGCAUCAUAGUAACAUUAUUAGGCAUUAGCAAAUGUCUAUUAUCACUAUAGUAACAUUAUUAAACACUAUGUGAACACCUGUAAAAUAUUUAAAAGAGUAAUUGAUCGAUAUUUCCAGAUAUUUGUUGAUAACGUCAAAAUAGUCUAAUUAGUAGGUUAUAAGUAAUGAUUACAAUUUUUUGUUAUCUUCUUAUUGUUUAUAUCCAUUCGGUUGUAGUAAAUGAUGAUAGCAUUUAUCCUGUAAUUAACUGUAAAAUUUCCAAUUGUGAUGUUUUACAAUUGUAAAUAUACAAUUGUAAUUGUAUAUUGAAAUUUUUUCAAUUUUAUAAUAAACAG